GGAUGGCUAGGAGGCGUUUCCGUGGCCUGGGAAAUGUGAACUGGUUGCCUAGCAACAGCAUAAUCCAAAUGAAAUAAACAUAAAACAAAAUGAGAAAGUUAAGUCGUACCUCUUUUAUGAAAUGGAAAAAUCUAUCGUCUUAAUGGGUAAUUAGCCCAGGAAUUUUGAGUUUUUAAGAAAAAUUUUAAUCUUAAUACUUCACAGAAAAAGGAAACUGCUUGGAAAAUCAGAGAAACAUUGUUCUUUUGUCUGUGUGUGUGGCAGUGAAAGAAGAGACAAUCACUAAUUAACUUGUCUCAAGCUUGAAUGGGCAGACAAGAAUUUGCCUAAUGGGUCACUUUAUAUUGAACACCCAGCUACUGUCAAAUUUGUAAAUUAUAUAGAAUUUUUAUGAAUAAAGAAAACUUUGAAGGGGCUCUAUCUUGAUGACACAGCCAAAUGGGAAUGGAUUGAGGUGCUGCCUAAAGAAUGGAGGAUGAUGACUUUGGUGGCUUUGAGGCCGCAGAGACCUUUGAUGGUGAACACAGUGGAAACCAAGCAAUGUCCCCUGCUGUCCCCUGGGCCACCUUUCCUGCAGUAUCCGGAGUGCGUCUCUCACCAGCUUCUCCGGAGCUCAUUCUGGACCAUGACUACUCAUCGCCAUCCUCUGGCCGCCUCCCUCCAGAUGCCAUCAUUUCAGCACCAGAUGAUACACGUGCAGACAGUGGCCUUGUGAGUCAGACCAUCCCCAAAGCUCAGAUUCAGCAGUCAGCACACACACAUCUGAAUAUACCACUUUUUCCACUUGGCUUAACGGAUGAGACAACCCAUGGAGCGCUUGGACUGGAGGAUGACCCCGAGGGUCCUGGAGCCAACGUGUCCCACUCACAACUACAGCAAAAAAUAUCAAGUCUGGAGACUAAACUGAAAGCAUCUGAAGAGGAAAAACAGAGAAUUAAAAAGGAUGUGGACUCACUGAUGGAGAAGCACAAUGUCCUGGAGAAAGACUUCCUGAAGGAAAAGGAGCAGGAUGCUGUGUCCUUUCAAGCCAGAUACCGUGAGCUUCAGGAAAAGCAUAAGCAAGAAUUGGAAGACAUGAGGAAGGCUGGGCACGAGGCACUGAGCAUUAUUGUGGAUGAGUAUAAGGCACUUCUGCAGUCUUCAGUGAAGCAGCAGCUAGACGCCAUUGAGAAACAGUAUGUGUCUGCAAUCGAGAAACAAGCUCACAGGUGUGAGGAGCUGCUGCAUGCUCAGCAUCAGAGGCUCCUGGAAGUGCUGGACAAUGAGAAGGAAUUAUUAAGAGGAAAAAUCCAGGAAGCUUUGGAUCAGCAGUCGCAGGAGCAGAAGGAAACACUGGGAAAAUGCCUGCAGGAAGAAAUGCAGAGGAAUAAAGAGACACUGGAGUCAGCUGUGAAGCUUGAGAAAGAAGCUAUGAAAGAUGUCAUCACCAAAGCAGUGGAAGAAGAAAGGAAAAAUCUGGAAAAAGUUCAUGCUGAAGAACGGGAAAUGUGGAAGGCAGAGCAUGCAAGAGAUCAGGAAAGGGUAGCAGAGGCUAUUCAGGCCGCCAUCCAGGAGCAGCGAGUGAUGAGUCAGGAAGCUGUCAAAGCAGCAAUAAUAGAGGAGCAGAAGAGAAGUGAAAGGGCCAUGGAGGAGGCAGUAAAGAGAACAAGAGACGAGCUGGUGGAGUAUGUGAGGGAGCAGAGAAGGCUCGAUCAAGUCACCCGCCAACGCAGCCUGUCCAGCCUGGAGCUGUUCCUGUCCUGCGCCCAGAAGCAGCUGAGUGCUCUCAUAGCUCCGGAGCCUGUUGACAUUGAAUAGAGACACGCUGGCCAACCCGUCCCUGUCAUUAAGCCUGCCUACUCUGAAGCUGUUCCUCUCCUGCGCCCAGAAGCAGCUGAGUACUCUAAGGUCCAUGGAGCCUAUUGGCAUUGAAUAAAGGGAACAUGACAGGCUACUUGCCGUGGCCAUUGUGUCAAUCACUAGACUUCUAGUAGAUGCUGUGACUUAGAAAGAUGCUUUUGUUUUCUGAUUAAACAGCUGGUUUCCAGGUCAAGGAUGAGCCAAAGCAGUAUCUAGAAGAACCAUCAAUGGAUCUAACUUAUUCUCUAUUAUUUUGUUAAAAGUAGAAUGGAAGAAUAUAUAUGACCCAAAGUCAGGGAAAAGUGGUAUGUUACCCAAAGUUGAUGGGGUAACCAAUACAGCUUCAGGUGGCCUGGUGACACUGUUUGGUAAAAGAUUGCCUUUUGAAGCCUCAUGGUGAUUUGUGUAAUGAGGUGGUACUGUGUUCCCCGAAAUACUGUGCACCCUAAUAAACUUAUCUGGGGUCAGAGACAGAACAGCCACAAUAUUAAACAUGAGGAUAGGCAGUGGUAGCACACGCCUUUAAUCCUAGCAUUCCAGAAGCAGAAAUCCACGUGUUCAGGGAUACAGCCAAGCAUGGUGACUCACGCCUUUAAUCCCAGAAAGCAAGCCUUUAAUCCCAGGGAGUGAGGCAGAAAGCAGAAAGGUAUAUAAGGCGUGAGGACUAGAAACUAGAGGCAUUUGGCUGGUUAAGCUUUCAGGCUUUCAAGAAGCACAGUUCAGCUGAGAGCCACUGGGAUAUGAGGACACAGAAGCGCCCAGUCUGAGGAAACAAGACCAGCUGAGAAGUUGGCCAGGUGAAGUUAGCUGUGGCUUGUUCUGGUUCUCUGACCUUCCAGUAUUUACCGCAAUAACUGGCCUCGGGUUUGAUUUUAUUAAUAAGACUCUCUAAGAUUUAUGCUACAGUGUAACGACACAUUCGCUUGUUUCUGAGGAGUCGAGUGGAUAGAAGCACUGACGUGGUCGUUGUUGUGACUGACCUGACCACUUCUCUAAAGGUGAAUCUGUGCGUUUUCAUUGAUUUAUCAAAAAUAAACAACACCAGCUGACCAGGCUUUGAACAGCUGCCACAUUUAAACUUUGGGCGUGUGGCACAGGCUUGCUUCCUUCCUUUCUUCAGAGGCCUGAAAAUCAUUUUUCAUAAUCUAAUCAAUCUCUAGAAAGAACAUAACUUGGAAUUCUAGACAUCUAUGGGAAUUUAAUCAAAUAUCAGACAUAUGGGUUCAUCGGGAUGUUCUUAAUUCAUGAGCAGUGUGCUCCAGUAUGAAAUCAUGAGCAGUUUCAACAUCAAAACUGACAAUAGUGUACCUAUGCAGAUGCUGUCUCUGAAAUGCUUCUGCUUUCAGGGCUUUGUACUUCUGGGAUUUCUCAGUGUAAUAAAAGAAACUCCAAAAAAUU